AUUUUCACUGUUCGUGAUUCUUUGUUUAGUUACUUUAGUAUCAUUUCUCUCUCCUCUCUCUUCUUUCUUCUCAUUUUUUAGUUUUCAUAGUGCACGUUGUUAAAAUUCGCGGAUCACGUGCUACAGACCAACAGCCGUGUCCUCUGAAAUUUGAAGAAGAUGAAGAAGACCCUUGAAUAAUUGAAGUAACAGUAGUCAAAUGGCCAUCCCGAUGGAAAAUUUUGGCCCAUCUUCAUCGAAAUCUUCAGUGGUUUAAUCGUCCUGCUCACUUCCCUUUCGCUUCAAUGGGUGAGAUAAAAGUAACAAAAUCAACCAUGGAUGUCCAAAAGAACAACAGAAAUGGACAUUUGAAGGUGAUUGAUCCAGCAGUCUCCAGAUUUUUUACACAGCUCCCCCAAAAAUUUCAUAGUUGUAUAAUGUCGCGUCUCAAUAAAUUUGCGAAAGAUAAUGAGGAAACAAACUCGGAAAGCCGCAGUCUAGGAAAGGAGAAAGGAUCAUACGCUGGCUUUGAGGUCAAUCUAGAGAAGCAAUUGCAAGCUUGGAAAGACAAUCCUAUUUGGACCAAUCAACCCCCAGAAAUAAAGGUCAGCGUACCAAAAGGUUCUCUUUGCAACCUUAACGUGAAAGUGAAUGUUGGCUUGCCCCCAGAUGCAGUAUACAAUAUUGUAACUGACCCUGAUAGUAAGAGGGUCUUCAAGAAUAUUAAGGAAGUAAUAUCAAGAAAGGUUUUGGUGGAUGAAGGUUUAAGACAAGUGGUUGAAGUGGAGCAAGCAGCUGUAUGGAGGUUCCUUUGGUGGUCAGGGACCAUCUCAGUCCAUGUUCUGGUAGAUCAAAACAGAGAAGAUUACUCGAUGAAAUUCAAGCAAGUGAAGACAGGAUUUAUGAAAGAAUUUCAAGGCUUAUGGAGGGUAGAGCCUGUGCUUGUUGAUGAAAAAUUCUGCUUUCCCUUCAAACCCAAAACAUUGGCAGAUUAUUAUGCAUGCACUGGAGGCAAAGGAAGGAUUGGAUCAAAGGUGAGCCUGGAUCAACUGAUUCAGCCUGCUAUUGUUCCACCCCCUCCCAUUUCUUGGUAUCUAAGGGGAAUCACCGCAAAGACUACCGAGAUGCUAAUAAACGAUCUUCUUGCUGAAGCUGCCAGAAUUAGGGGAUGCAAUGACAUUAGGAACUCUGAUGCUGAACUUGGAGCUUCUGAAGAUGUAUCUGGUGAUUUGCCAGUAGAAGAAAUUUGUAACAUUAAAGAAAGAUGGGCCUUGCACCGGAGAAAUGCAAAGAAACAUCGUAGAAGGUCACCUUUGAAAUUGAAAUCUACCUUCAGCUAGCCCGUAUAAGAUUUAUCCACAGCCUCUCUUUUUUGUGUAUCUGAAAUAUAGUAGUAUUGUCCUGGAAUGUUAUUAUCAUGUAGAGGUAUGAAAUUAGGCUCUUCUCGGUGCUAAUAUUUUUUGGGUCUUCCCCAUGUUGUUAUCCAUAAUGUUUCUGUUGCUCUUGAAAGAUUAAAUGUAUUGCAUUUGUUUCUGCAAUUCCAUUUCAACUUCAGCAAAAAGAAA